AAGCUCUCUUACUCUCUGGGCUCGGACCUAGGUUGCGGCGACAUGGCUAAAUGCACCAAGAAGGUCAGAAUGGUGGGUAAAUAUGGGACCCAUUAUGGUGCCUCCUUCAGGAAAAGGGUGAAGAAAAUUGAAAUCAGCCAGCACGCCAAGCACACUUGCUCCUUCUGUGGCAAAGCCAAGAUGAAGAGACGAGCUGUGGGCAUUUGGCACUGUGGCUCCUGCAUGAAAACAGUAGCUGGUAGUGCCUGGACCUACAACACCAUUUCUGCCGCCACAGUAAAGUCUGCCAUCAGAAGAGUGAAGGAAUUGAAGGACCAGCAGAAGCACCACCAUUUGAAACACUGCAGCCUAAAUGGGUUAAUUUAUACUCAUACCCAUCAGCAUACAAAUAUGCUUGAGAAUGGCACUACUCUUAAGUGUGGUCCACAAACCAGCACUGGCUCACAAACUGUUACCGUUACAGUUCACUCCAACCAGGCUUCUAUCCUCAACAUUCCACUAGAACUGUUCGUCAGGGUCAAAGGCCUCAAUAUCGCCAAAUUCUAA